CAAACUCACACACAAACACACACACACAUAAAACAUAUACUUCAUAUAUCAUCUAUUCAAUAUUCUUGUUAAUGUUAAUUAAUUGCGUCAGGUCCAUUUUACGGAUUCCCUGAUUUGCUGGAAAUCAAAAACGGAAGAAAAAACUAAAUCCUAACUUGUUGCGCGAAAUCUUAUAAUAAUAGUAUGUGAUGAGACACAAACAACAGAGCAAAAUCCCCACUCGAAAGGAAUUUAUAUAUUUGAAAGUUGAAAGCUACCUCAAAACUCCAAAAUGAUUGGGCCUAGUUCGCAAAUAAGCAAAAUACUAUUAACAUUGUUGUUUUUGUUAAUAAUAUUUUACAUUUUUAUGGAUGUUGAGCUCUAUCUACGAAUUCACAAUUAUGCGAUCGAUCGAAGUUAUCACACAAACAGUUCGGUAUCAUUAUCAGUACCGGCUUCUAUAACAUUAGCCCCAGGGGUAUCGAAUUCGGCAGGAGAUCUAGGUAGCAGCAGCAGCACGACACUUCCCACCGUUGACAAACAGCCGUCCUAUGAAGAUCACACCUGGAUAUCCUGUGACAUUAAUCCACUGUGUCAUGUAACAGUAAAAGCUAUAUUACUCGAUCACACCAACCACUAUCUAUUCGCACCAUUGGCCACCAUCUUCGACAAUGUAAUCGGAUUCUCUCGAUCCACGUUUAUAACGCCAAACAUGAUCUCGUUUUUCCAUGUGGGUGUUGCGUGUAUAUCGGGAAAGCUUGUAGCAUCCGAUAGCCUGGGAUAUCGACGACUGGGAGUGCUACUCUUUCAGAUACGCACAUUCCUCGACGAUCUGGAUGGGCAUGUGGCGCGUGUCAGGAAACAUAUUCGUGGUGAACGCUCGGAAAUUGGUACAUCAGGCUAUUAUGUGGACGGUCUCUGCGAUGGCCUUGGGUGCAUUGCCCUUUUACUGGGUAUUUUCUUUUAUCUAAAGAACAAUCCACCGCGUCGGGGUUACUCAAUUAUACCAAUGAGCGAUACGUCCAAGACCACGCCCGAGCCCACAAUGAUACCGAAAAUAAAAGCAAGCACCCGCAAAGUGGCUAAGAAUGUGAUAAGCUUCACAGGACAAUUACUACUCAGUUCGACGGCAUGGAAUCGUUAUAUAGCGGUCUAUCAGAAUAUGCUCGAGCGUGAAGAUGUCACCAAUACACAGUACCAGUGUCAGAAUUAUGUAUUUAAAUCCACUUGGUUCUUUUGCGUAGCGUGGAUUUGGCGUAUCGUAAAUGUACACGCAUUACUUCAUUGUUUGCUGCUCAGCAUUUUCUGCGACAAGUUGUGGGAUUUCCUGCGAGCGAUACGAUACAGUGGUUAUAUAAUUUUGUUAGUUGCUAUUUGUUUAACUGAAAUGCACAUCCUGGAGGCCCAGAACUAUAUUUUUAAUUCAGCAGCGUGCAGUAAUAUUUCACUGUGAUUUUACUAAUAUUAUGAAAAAUACAAUAAUAUUUGUGUAGUUCAAA